CAGGAGAUAACGUUGACAGUAACUGGAACAAAAUAUUCUUUCUUUAAUUUUAGUUAAAUGAAUCACACUCUGACACCAGUCAACUCCUGCAUAUCAUUGCACUAUUUUCUGUGUUAACACCUAUGGUAAACUAAAUGAGGUUAUUCUGUUAUCGAUGGUGCAAUUUAGGCUGUUUCUAAAUUUAUCCACAUCACCCUUUUCAUUCACAACUGUAAUUAACAUAAUGACAGUGACAGCUCACAGUGAAUAGGUUACGUUCUAGAUGAGUCACAGCCUGUCAGUGAUGUAACAUUCGAAUAGUUUUUAUUGUUUAGUCGAUCCGUUAUUCUAAUCAUGAAGGCGUAGGUAGAUAAUAUUGAAGUAGGGAAGAGACAUGUCAUAACAAACACUGUUUUAGUUUUAAUCUGUAAAUAGCAUGACUGAUGCACAACGUUUGUUGACAUUUGUGAUUUCUGAAUGCAGGCCACGGAAAAAUGUGGCAAGGAAGAAUAGUUUUGGUCAGAAAAUCGUUCUAAUCUGAAUUGAGAACAGAAGCACAUAGUAACAAUGGCAGGAUUCCUUUCUGAGAUUGGAAAGACGAAGAUAAAGUUUGGGACGGAGACGUUUCACAGCAGUCACCCCGACGACGUCCCCCUCGUGCAGCUGGAGCCGCUCAGUGAAGAGAUCGUUGGCAGCUAUUCCGGUCCGGACAGUGGCCUGGCGUUCGUAGAUAGCGGAGACGAAAACAAUGGGAACGAGCGGGAGAUUGCUGGCUGUUGGAGCUGGAACAAAAAGGAACAGCAGGCUUAUGGGAUUUGUAUAUCUCUGUACGAACAGCAUCCAGUCAAUGGCAAAAUGUCAGGAGAUCCAGUGGCGGAUGCCUUUGCGGUGUGUGCCCGCAAGAAUAACACAAUACUGCUGAUCGCCGAUGGAGUUAACUGGGGCGAGAAAUCGCGGCUGGCCGCUCGGUGCGCGCUGCAUGGGAGUAUGAAAUACAUUAACAAACGAAUCUUCAAAGACAAGAGACCUAUUUCGUCCACUCAGGAUGUAAUGCGUCUUCUGCGUCGCUCAUUUGACGAGGCUCACAAGACAAUACUGGCGAAAGAGGGAGGACUGACGACAAUGUGCGCAUGUUUAGUCUGCCCUGUCUCAAACUCGGACCAGUAUGCCGUGUGCUGUGUCAACGUUGGCGACAGUUAUGCCUUCGUCUUUAGUCACAACAAUGGCAUAAGGGAGGUAACCAUCGGGUCUCAUGACGUCAAAUGUGAACGAGAUAUCCGAGAUGCAGGUGGAGCUCUGGGCCCUGUGGACGGAAAAAAUCCGGAAUUGCAUAAUCUGACAUGUUCGUUGACAUUCAGUAAUGUUGGAGAUGUUGUUUUUCUAACCACGGACGGAGUUUCCGAUAAUUUUGAUCCCGUGGUUACGAAAAUUGCCUUGCCUAAGAGACCAAGUGAGGCGAAUUUGAACGAAGCAGAAACAGACCCUUACGUUUUGAUGCACUCAAAGCCAGAGAUGUCUCCGCGUGAAAGACAUAUUUAUUCGAUGAAGGAGAUGGAGAGGGUGGUUCAUGAGUACGAACUGGUGAUGGAAGAGGAGAUAUCGGCCCAGGAAUUGUGUGGUUCGAUGGUGCAGCAUAUUCUCACGUUGACCGAUUCGAAACGAAAAAUACUAGAAAACCCGGCAUUGUACACACGGCGAAAACUGACAUCCACAGAACGGCAGCGAAGGGAUUCGGAAAUUGUCGAAAAGAUGUCGAAAGCUCCUGGGAAACUCGACCACGCCUCUAUCGUCGCGGUAGAGGUUGGUGCUUUUCUCCCGAAGGAGGAAAACGAAGAGGUGGUUUCGACGAUGAUGGACAACCGGUCUACCUCAAAUGCUAACACAAUCAGCUUGAAUACGUUGACCCUGCCCAGCAGUCCAAAAUCACCACAAUCACCCACGUCGCCGAGUUCGAGGAAAUCGAGCGCACGUCGAUUCUUCUCCAGACUCAAGAAUCUCCCGUCACCCACUUCUCCAACUCCGAGUCGAACGUCUCCGGUUCCGUUUUCGGUGUCGCCGAGAAAAGAGGCGAAGCGGCAGGUGUUGAGAACGACGUCCAACCCCGGCACGCCACAGUCUCCAACAAUUCCAGAGUCCCCAUUCGAGAGUCCGUGUGGAUUUUAAUCCUCGAUUGCAGAUUGCAGAUGCUGAACGUGUCCUGCCACCUGUUCAUCGUGUGUGCGUCUGACAGAUGUCUGAUUUAUUUAUUAUCAGACAUUGAGACAACAAAACAUUUAACAUUCUCUGAAUACGUUCCUGAAGAUUGUUUCUUGGCCUGAAUGGUGUCAUAGACACUGGAAGCAUGCAGGAGAGCAAGGGAGCCCCUCAACUUUAAAGCUGAUGUGGUCGGAAUAUGUGUUGCUCCCACUCUUAUCCCUCCAUUGAUAGAGAAAUUAAUAAAUGUCACCUCAAACUCAGAAGCUAAUGUGGUGAGAAUGUUCUGUCCCUCAUCCAAUGAUAGGCAAACUAACAACUCCCCUCCAACUCUGAAACUAAUGUGGUGAGAAUGUGCUGUCCCUCAUCCAAUGAUAGGCAAACUAACAACUCCCCUCCAACUCUGAAGCUGAUGGGACCACAAUGUGUUGCUCCAUCCUGCCUAUUAACCCAUUGAAAGUCUGAAUAAUUAUUAAAUGACCCUUCCAGUGGCUGUCAUCUUCUGACAUCUGUACAGUGUAAUAUUAUCAGUUACAAUGCACAAAGCAUCCAUGAAGUCCUUCAAAAAAAAAAUUCUGUAAAUAAUUUCAGUUUUGCUUUGGCAUAACAAAACCAGUAAAAGUGUUUUUUGAAAUGACCAAAAAAAAAAUAAAUAAAGAUCCUGUAGUAAAUUCCAUAGUAUCAAAAAAGACAUUCCCUAUGGGAAGGACUACAGUUGAUGUUAUUAAUCAGUGGUUACUAAAGUCUGUCACAUCAUUCUAUUAAAAUAUUUUUUGUAAAUAAUUUCAGUUUGAUUUGACAUAAGAAGAAACGUGAAAGUUUUUUGGAAAUACAGAAAUACAAUUUGUGUGUGAAUUUACAAAUCAGUCGGCUCUGAAAUAAAUAACGUGUAGUAAAUUAUAUAGAAUGAAAAAAUGCUUUCACUAUGGGAAGGACUAGAGUUGAUGUUAUUAAUGAGUGGUUACUAUAGUUGACCUCUUUGUCCAGUCAUGUACUGUAUUUAUGUAUAUUUACUGGUUUUGAAAAGCCAACUAUGUACUGUCAGUGUUUCUGCCAGAAAGACAUUUUGGGAUAUGGUGCUUUAAAAUUGAAUAUUUAUGUGUGUUCUGAAUGACUGGGGGUAUGGGGGACCUCCCCAGAAAGAAAAUGGGUUAGGUUUAGUGUUAGAGUCAUUAAUUUUGUCAAAAGAACUUAAGAAAAUAAAAUCUUCAAAAACAUUUGGGUAUGGUGCCAUAUCCAUUUUACCCUCUAGCAGAAACCCUGAUUGUAUAAUUAAUGAUUUUGUAAAACCAACUAUGGUUAUUAGUUGAGUUCUUUGUCCAGUCAAGUACUGUAUGUAUAUUUACUGAUUUUGAGAGACCAACUAUGGUUAUUAGUUGAGUUCUUUGUCCAGUCAAGUACUGUAUGUAUAUUUACUGAUUUUGAGAGACCAACUAUGGUUAUUAGUUGAGUUCUUUGUCCAGUCAAGUACUGUAUGUAUAUUUACUGAUUUUGAGAGACCAACUAUGGUUAUUAGUUGAGUUUUUCAUUCAGACAUGUACUGAAGACUUAGAGAUUUUGUGAAACCACGUUUUCAAAUUUGGUAUAUUAUAUGUUCCUUAUAUGUAAUCUCAUAAAUUAUUGACACCACAAAAUAAAAGAAAAAAGUGAUAGCUUAUAACAAUUUUAUAUCAAAUGUUUUAAAUGUUUUACAUGCAGUUUGUACUUGUUUUGUGUGUAUUAUUUAAUCAAAAUGUUUUCUGGGUCACACUACACAUAGUGUGUUUUUCCUGAUGUCACAAGCAUGUACUAUAAAGGAGAAAACACCAAACAAUGAAGACUCAGUUUUAUAAUGUGUAAUAUUUAUAUCUUAGAGUGACAUGUUAAAUUACUGUAGACAUACAUGUACAAAGGUAAAAACUUUUGGAAUGUAUUAGAAAAUGUCUUCUCAGUUUAUAAAUGUUUUUUGUUUUGUUUUGUUUUUAGUGGACAAUUUAAUACAUGUGAUUUUAUAUGUAUAUAUAAACACACAUGUUUAUUGAACUGCUGUCUUUAGUAUGCAAAUUAAGUUUUUGAUAGGUGUUUUACUGAAAAUAGUUAUUUAUUUGCUGGUAGUAGAACUGUAAACUCAGCUGAUUCAUGUGUUAGAAGAUAAUAUGUAGUUUUGUUUGUACUGUUUUAUUUAUUUCAGUUUAUAAUUUUGUAGUUUAUUCAACAUGAAAUUAACGUCUCUUAAAAAUAGAUUGUUUGCUGUAACCAGACAGACUAGUAAUGUUUUUCUCAGUUUAAUUUAGUUUUUCAGUCAUUAUUCAUUUAAACGUGGGUUUUUUUUUAAAUAUAAUUAAUCAAAAAUAAAAAUACUGUCUUAUUAUUAAUAUGAAAUUAGAACAAAUAUAUUUAUUUGGAACAGAAAAAUACUGCCUGAUCGACUGUUGAAAAACACAGAUGGAAAAACUUCAGAUUUUUAAUAGGAGAUUUAAAACGAUAUUUGAACAAAACGAAAAAUAGCCUGGUGGAUUGCUGACCUACACAAAUGUAUAUGGAUGGAAAACCUUUAGAUUUUUCAGAAAUUUUAAAUUUUAGUGUCACAUGAAAUCGUUGUGUUCUUAUUUUUAUUAGCUUGCAGUAUAUUGGGUAAUACAAGUUUGUCAAAAAAUAUAUUUUUAAAUUAAUUAUUUUUUUUAUUUAUUAUUUUAUUUUAUUUUUUUCAGUAUCAUUUUAUUUUUAUUUUUUUAUUUUAUGAUUUUUUUAAAUUAUUAUUUUUAAACUUUUAGUUUCAUUUUCAUCUCUGAAAAUAGGAUGUUAGGUUGCAGCAAACACAAUUUAUUUCUAAGUUUGACCUAAAUUUUUAUUUGAUUAUGAAAUUAAUAUUUUGCCAUAAUGUUUUUCUUUUACUUUUUUUUACAAAUUAUUAUUAUUUACUUUUUUUUUCUUUUCUUUUUUUUAAAGCUAUGUACCAAAACAUUCCUGUGCCAAAUUAACUUUCAGGUGAUUUUUGAAAUUUUUUGAGUCAAAAUAUAUAAAUAUAUCCUCUAACCCACUCUUGCUGAUACCUCUAUUCAGCAACCACCUGUCUUAGAAGGACACCUUAAUAGGUUUUAACACUUAAUAUAGUCACGGGUAAACAUAUUAAAGGGACAGACCCUAGUUUGAACCUGUGAAAAUAACACUAAGCUUGGUUAAUCUACAAAUCUGUAACACAUUGGGAUAAAGUUACAAUUGAGUGAAACAUGAGUCUGUGACUUUGAAAUGGUGAAAUACCCUCUGAAAAUAGACUAAAACUCAAC